AUGGCGCCGACCCAGUCGCUGCCCCCGGCCCCUGCGGGCGCAGCCGACGCGUCUGGCGACACGGCGAGACCCCUUCAAAAACGCGUCCUAGACCUCAACCGCGAGGCGGCGAGCUUGCUGGAACAGCACAGCCCGGGCACCUCGAAGCCUCACGGCCAGGACGGAGAACCCCCUGCGGACGUUCGCCAGAGCCGUGCGGGGGGCCCUUCGCCCUGCCACUAUCAGUCGAACCACAACUCCGCGAGCAGCGCCCCGGCAUGUCCGGCCGAUCUCAACCGCGACCGCGCCCUCACCGUGAAGGUAAGUAAUCCCGCCAUGGCCCGGAACCUGCGCCAGCUCACGAACGAGGACCUAGUCAAGCGCGCUGAGGAACACCGCUGGCUAGCGGCUAUCACGGCCGUCCGACCGACCCUGGCCUCUAUCCAGUUCAUCGCGGCGAAAAUUCUAUGGUCAGGUGACCUGCGGCUCUUCCUCCGCAACGCCAAGAAAGCGGAGAUCGCGCGGACACACCGGGACGCCUGGAUUAAGGGAUUCGGCACCGCCGCACGGGUCGCCCUCGCCUCGUGGGGGGUGGUCGCCACCGACAUGCCCAGCCAGGCCCUGGGCCCAUUAACCGAGGAAGCGGACCGCAAGCGGAUCGCGCAAGAACUCGUCUCGGAAACCGCCCUGUACGACCGGGCGUCUCGCAUUGUACACUGCAACAACUACCACCGAUACGGCCACAUAGAAAACAUCUGUCCGAACGAAACCGUCUAUGGCGCGUGCGCCGGCAAGCACUCGACUACUGCUUGCCGCGACCGUGACACCCCCAGGCUUCCUGGCACAAAAAGUGAGGCAUAUAUCCAGGAGCGAGAGAAGGCUCGGGGGCGCGCGCUGCACCGGCCGCGCUUCCACCAUACACCUGCCUACCUGCAGGACCCGGACGUGGGUAGCGCCACGGGGUCAGCCGCACACCACAUAGGCCCCAGCAGCGGGGAGCCAACGGAGACAGAGAGUGAGGACGCUGGGGGAUCGUCCAAGGGUGCCAGAAACGCGUCGGACGACUCCGCUAUAGAGGGACUGAGGUUCACCGGGAACACCCCUCCGCAGGGCGAACUAUCUAUUAACACCCUAUCGACCUUGACCAGUAUACCGACUAUACCUCCCACUUUAUCAACCACCGGCGUCAGCCAAGAUGCGCCAUCCUCCGGCACCAAGGGGACUAGACGCAGCGCUAGACUUGUCCAGUAA